GCUCACAGGUAAUAACUUGGUUUUGCCUAUGUUUAGUUUUGCACGACACGAACUAUACAGCACUUGCGCUGCAAUACCCGUGGGGUAUGCAGAGAUGCCUCACGACAGGCGAGUGAAUGAUUCAUUUGCGCCACCCAAACAUUUGGUGAAGACAAAACUCUGCAAGCAUUUUACCAAAGGCUACUGCCGGUACCAGGAUCAAUGCGCUUUUGCGCACGAAACAGAUGAGCUGGUCUAUCGACCUGAUCUGACGAAAACAAAGAUGUGCAGCCGGUUUUUGGUGGAAGGCGGCUGCAGCAAUAACUGCAGUUUUGCACACAGUUGGGAAGAACUCCGCCACGUGGACCGUCGUGGAUCUGCAGCCGCAUCGGCACACUUAGCCGCGAUGGUGAGCAUUGACCGGGCGGUUGAGUCUCCAAUUGCUUUGGGCUCGCGGGAUGAGUUAGGGUCUCACGCGCCAGAGCCGUUGCCACUUCCAGACAUGCCUAACCCGCCGCUCCACUGGUUGGGCGAGAAGGUGCCUCCGCAGCGAUGGCUGCCCCUGGAGGAGCCUGGAGCAAUUUGCCAACAGCAGGUAUCACCAGAGACGUCAGGGAACUUUCCUAGCUCGCAGCGCAUGCACGCCGUUGGCAAUGCGGCAGAGAGGUGGGCCGUCCUUGCCGACCGCGUUUUGGCAUGGAAGCGCCAGAGCAUGUUGCGGCGGGGGCGCUUUCUCAUCGCUACAGACCCGCAUCACAUCACCUCAAAGAGCCAAGCUGAAGCAUUGGCUUCCAUAAUUUUGGAGGAUCCAAUUUGGCAUGAAGAUUUCCGCCAGCUGGCUCGUGAGUGCAGCAGGUUCCUCGCUGCUGGUUCAGAAGCCUUCUACGAGGGGAGUUCUUCAGCGCCAAUUAUGAGCCAUGCCCGUCCGGUGCUCUUCUGAGCUGGGUGUGUGCGCACAAAUCAGCCAUAGCGCGCGCUCAGGGAAGCUAGCUUUGCAGCAGCUUCAUUCUCCGGGUUUGACUUUUGCUGCCACGGAACAGUGGGAACAGCUCGCAAAUUGGCGGCGCAUAGGCAGGGUCGGAUCAUUGAGGAUUUGGCCGCCAGCUAUGCAGCUACGUCUCGCUGCCAGCCCGCUAUAGUUUCACAGCGUUUUGCAAUCUCGGUUUGGAAUUGCACUCCGGAAGGACCACCAGAAGGUUACGUGUAUGAUGUGUGUUUGCGCGGCUUCUGACAAUCCCGUCGAAGGACGCAAACACUUCGCAACCUGUGGUUUACGCUCACAGUGCUGCAUGGGAUCGGCGAUAGGCGUGGCCAAGUUGAGACCUCCAGUGCCGAGUUCCCACCUGACUGCAAAUCAAUGAGCAGUCUGCAGCGUUCCUUUUCCAAGUUUGCCUCUGACUCUUGCGGUCUCAUCCGUUGUUUCACCCCCGCUUCGUCCAGGAUAUCAAGCGAAGCGUAGAAUCUAUCAGAGUGGGCGGCGAACUCCCCCAGACGCAUCCCAAAGCUAUGCCGGUGGAUUUGCCAAUACCUGUGCUCUAGCUGGCCGCUCAGGCUGAAGGCUUUUCCGCCCAAAGGGGUGUUUAAAAAAAUGGAAGCGAUGUUUGUUUUGUUCGGAUGUAAGCCAAAUACAUGCCAAGUGCAGCAUUUUCGCAACGCAGCUUCUCGGCGUUUCUCAUGCGAAAUGCAUGCAUUUUCUCACAGCCAGAGCUCAAUGAGUUGCAGUGCUACGGAAAGUUCUUUGUUCGGCUUGUUUGACAAUUAUCCCCCUUGAAAGAAAAGUCCAGCAUGCCUCAGUUGACCGCCGGCGGAGGUCAUUUGACGGGAAACUAAAUCCGCAAUGUGCCUUAUAUUCAUUUGGGCCAGUGGCACAUUUGCAAGGCCCUCAAUAUAUUGCCGCAAGCUCGAAGGGACCAUGGCUC